AUGUCGUUGCAUACAGUUUUAUCCUUCUUGCUUUUAGCAUUAUUGGCUACAUGUUAUGUGUCACUACUAAACUAUGAUGGCUUUACCAUUGAUAUGAUUCACAGAGACUCCUUGGUUUCUUCUCUGCAAAACUCAAAACCUAGUAACAGAAACCUCUUAUACGGUGCCCUACAGCGCUCCAAGAGGCGUGCUGAUUAUUUGGCAUCGGGUACUCCCACCGCUGAUGUCUUACCUUCUGGUGGAGAAUUUCUGGUGAAACUAUCAGUUGGUACACUGCCAUUUGAGGUAAGCGGUAUUCUUGACACAACUAGUGCUCUUUCGUGGACGCAGUGCGCGCCAUGUACCAAGUGCUUCCCUCAGAAGCAGCCUCUCUUCACGCCCAAUAAAUCCUCGUCCUACAAAGUGGUGGCUGGUAAUUCAAAGGCCUGCAAGUCGCUUGGAGGGACGCCUUCAACCUCUGGAGACAACUUGUGCAGGUACUCCUUGUUGUACCAGCUGAAGUACCACUCUCGUGGAGUCCUCUCCUCGGACACGAUCACCAUGAAAACCACCUCAGGUGCGCCAACCUCUAGGGAAAGAAUGGAGAUGUAG